AUGAGCACGCUUCCGCAAUCCCCCGACACGAUCGACGCGAUCGCGGCGCUCUUCUCCACGCUGCUAAACAUCACGCUAGUGCAGGUGCUUGGGUACGCGAUGAAGCGAAGUCAGCGGCUAUCGCAGACAGCGCUCGCCGGCAUCGGCGCUUUCGCCGGCACCGUUGCCCUGCCGGCGCUCCUCCUGCGCGCUGUCGCGGCGCUCGACUUUGGGCAGGUCGACCUGUCGGUGUGCUGCUCGCUGCUUGCCGGCAAGCUGUGCCUGGUUGGGGCGAGUCUGGCGGUCUCGAGCCUGACCACGCUGAGCACUGCGCAGGCAGGCUCGCUGGAGCUCCGUGCGGGCGUGCUCGGCCUGCUGAUGACCAACUCGGACGACCUCGGCCUCGGAUUGCCGGUGCUCGGCGCGAUCUUCCCUCCGCAGCUGGUCGGGAUGUGCUUUGUGCUCAACUCAAUCCAGCUGAUGCUGCUCAACCCGCUCCUCUUCGUGCUGCUCGGCGUCGGGAAGGCGCGGCAUGUGCCAGAGGGCCGCACGCCCCUCCCGACGGGCGAGGUGGUGCUGCACGUCCUCCACUCGCUCACAAAGAACGUCGUCCUGCUCUCCGUCGCCGCCGGACUUGUCUACAACUUGGCCAUUGGUGGCGGAACCGGCGCCUCCCUUCCUCCGUCGCUCGACAGCCUCUGCCGCUUGCUGGGGCAAGCCUUCUCCCCCAUCGUCCUCUUCCUCUCCGGCGCGAGCAACGUGGGCGCCUUCACGCCAGACGCCGAGCUCUGUUCGCUGAUGGGGGCGGGCCUCGCCCUCGGCAAGCUGGUGGGCUUCCCGCUGCUGCUCAUCGCGGCGGCCGUCUUCAAGACGCCGCACGCCGAGCAGCUCCUCCAGGUCGAGGACGAGAUAACGAGCCAGUGCCAGCGCGCGGGCCUCUGCCUCUGCACCCUCCUCCUCCUCUGGACCGGCUGGAGGCCCGCGUGGAGGCACGAGCCGCUCGACAACGUGCUAACGGUGGUCGUCCUCAAGCUCGCCCAGCUUGCGGUGAGCGUGCAUGCGCCCUCCACCCCCGACCGCCGCCCCAAUCUCGAGUGCACCCUCUUCUUCUCCGGCGCCGCCUUCUUUCGGGGCCUCAAGCGCGCCUCGCUGCACAAGACGCGCGGGGCGCUGCCGCACCUCCCGCUGCUGCACCGCGUGGGCGAUGCCUUCCGCACGCCGCUGCUCCAGGAGCGAGGUGCGCACCACUUCGCCCCGACGAGCGGCGCGGUGUGGCUCGGCCGGCUCCUCCUCAUCACCUCGGUCGGGCUCGUCCUCACCGCGCCGUGGGCGAUCGCCGACGCCCUCGCGCCCGACGCGGCGAUCCGGCCGGGCUGCCACCCCGGCUGGCCUCUCUGGCUCCCCGCCUUCGGCUCGUCGCAGAUGGUUGCCUAUGCGGUGGCGACGCUGCUGCUCGGCUUCACCGGCGCGCACCGCCACACAGCCACCCGCGUCAUCAUGGUCAACGCCUCGCGGACCAAGGAGGUGAUGGACGGCAAGCUGGCGUGGCGGCUGCUGCCGAUGCGGAGGAUGCACUCGCACCAGCUCCGGCUGCAGUGCCUCCUCUUCCUCUGCGCGACGCGCAUGGCCCUCGACGCCGCCAUCUGCCUCCUCACGGCUCGGCACGGCG